UCCGAGAGAGAGGGAGAGGGAGGGAAACAGAGAGAGUCAUAUGACCUUCAGCCCAUUCCACAGAUAGUGACGGACAGAGUCCUCACUCUGAGCUCACAUCUAUCAUUACACCGGAGCGUGCAGUAGGAUGUGUCGCAACACCGUUGCUGGACUCUGAAAGCAUUUUUCUGGGAUAUUGUCAUUUAUUCUCACAGUCGGGGGGACAUCUAUUUUCUCGUUUGGGGCCAUCGACUCAGUCAGCGGCAAUGCCAGAGGAGAAAGUCUUUCAGCAGCAGGCUGUCCACAGCCCUCUGGAGCAGCAGAAGACCAAGGGAGGAGGAGGCCCCAUCGCCUGUCAGAACUGUGGCAAACCCGUCAAAGGGGAGGCCCUUCGGGUCCAGAACAAGCACUUCCACACCAAGUGCUUCGUCUGCAAAGUGUGCGGCGCCGAGCUGUCCCAGGCCGGCUUCUUCCUGCGGCAGGGCGAGUACAUCUGCACCCUGGACUACCAGCGCAUGUACGGGACGCGCUGCUUCAGCUGCCAGGACUUCAUCGAGGGGGAGGUGGUGUCGGCGCUCGGGAAGACCUACCACCCGCGCUGCUUCGUCUGCGCCUCCUGCAAACAACCAUUCCCAGCCGGUGACCGGGUGACAUUCAACGGAAAGGAGUGUGUCUGCCAAACGUGCACCCAGCCUCUCCCUGCCAACAGCCCUGCACCCAUCCAGGCCGUCCACAACUGCUGCGGCUGCGGGAAGGAGUUCAAGAACGAACAGUCUCUCGUGGCUCUGGACAAACACUGGCACCUGGGCUGCUUCAAGUGCAAGGUGUGCAACAAGGUGCUCAACGCCGAGUACAUCAGCAAGGAUGGGAUCCCGUACUGUGAGAUGGAUUACCACGCCAUGUUCGGCAUCCAGUGUGAGAGCUGCAAGAAGUACAUCACUGGCAAAGUCCUGGAGGCCGGAGAGAAGCACUACCAUCCCUGCUGCGCCCGCUGCGUCCGCUGCGAGCAGAUGUUUGCAGAGGGAGAAGAAAUGUACCUGCAAGGCUCGUCCAUCUGGCAUCCUCCGUGCAGACAAGCAGCCAAGCAGGAGGAGAAGAGUAAGAAGCAGGUCCGGAUACAGCUCAAUGACGUCCCCGAGCAGCAGGUGACCCGGACCUCGUCUGAGAGCAUCACUUCAGUGCCGGCGUCCAGCGCCUCGGGAUCCCCCAGCAGAGUCAUCUACGCCAAGCUGGGAGAGGAGACGCUGGACUACAAGGACCUGGCCGCCCUGCCCAAGACCAAGGCCAUCUACAACAUCGACAGGCCGGACAUGUUGUCCUACUCUCCCUACGUCAGCUACCCGUCAGAGGAGAGACACUACGGAGAGUCCCCCCUGCUGCUGUCUCCGUCUCCUGCCGAGGGUGACGGGGAGAAGUCCCCCCGCCAGCGGAGAGCCUCCAGCCCCGGCUCCAACAGCUCCCUGGGGGGCUACGGCCGCUGCACGCCGUCGCGCUCCCCCCAGAACUACAGCCGAGCAGGACCACAGCUACUGCCCGGCAGUAGAUACUUGCCCCCAAACUCCCCAGGCCGCGUAAAGCCGGCCCCCGCCCGGGCCACGGAUCCGUCGUCUCUCCCGGUGUACUACUCCAGCGGGGCUGAAGGUGGGCCGGGCCAGUACUCCCCCACCCCACCAGGGGGCGGUGCAGGCCUGUCCCUGCAGCUGAACCCCACCACCCUGGCCAUGCUGCAGCAGCACCGCUACAUCCCGUACUUCAGAGGGUUCAGACAGGACCCCCUACCUGAUCCUAGACCUAGGACGUCCCUGCACCUGAGUUUACCUGCUCCCAACGGUAGUGAAAGUGGUCGCAGCACCCCCAGCUUAUCCACCUACUCCGAUGGCAAAUCCCCCUCCUCCACGUCUACGUACGUGGCUGCUCCUCGCCACUUCCACAUACCAGAGACUACGGUCAAAGAUAAUAUCUAUAGAAAACCCCCCAUCUACAGACAGCAUGCUUCUAGAACAUCCUGGCAGGAUGGGGAGGAUGGCAAGAGGACGACCUGGAUGAUCUUGAAGGGUGAGGUUGACGGUCCGAUGGUUCCGGACGACCUGGACCCGCGCAAAUCCACCUGCAGUCUGCCCACGGACAUUUCCCAGCCCAAUUUCCCCUACAAUAAGUCUGCGUCUUUACCUGGUUACGGAAGAAACGGCAUCUACAAGGCGGCUGAUAUGGUGGAGGACGACGUGGACCCAGACUCCCAGAGCUGGGGAGGCAUGAGAGAGUACAAGAUCUACCCGUAUGAAGUGCUGGCUGUGACGCACAGAGUGAAAGUGAAGCUUCCCAGAGACGUGGACCGCACCAGAUUGGAGAGACACCUCUCUCCCGGAGACUUCCACCAGGUGUUUGGGAUGACCCUGGAGCAGUUCGACCGCCUGGCUCUCUGGAAGAAGAACGAUCUCAAGAAGAGGGCGCGCCUUUUUUAGUUGAGGGGCUUUGGGAAAGAAAUGGCUGCAACGUCUCAGCCACGAAUCUGGAAGGAAAGCCCAAAACAGAAAAACCAACCCACCUGAGAUCAGUUUAUGCCGCGACACCCAGACUUUCCACCCCGUGAAACGCUGUUUGCCUGCAAAGCGGCGGAGAGGCGAGGUCCGAGGUCCGAGCGGGGACGUCUGGACAUCGCCGGGGGCGCCGUCUGUAGCUCUUCGUAUGCAACGAGGUCCGAGCGUUUGAGCCUCCAGAAGAGGACGAGGAGCUGCGUUUGCAUCAUAGACAUAUUUACGUAGACGCCGCAUCGAGUGGUCUUGCCCGCUGCUGCGAUACGUCAACGUCACCGCCAUAUUGGAUGUGGCAAGACUG